AUGCUCCAGAAGUCAUUGGCCUCCAUCCCAGAAGCCAAGGAAGAGUACUUGGGCUCCUCAGUGAUUGAGAGAACCAGUCGUCUUGUGGCCCUCAGCGACUUGGGUCCUGCCGAUCUUUGUAAUAUCCACAAACAAGGUGUUAACCUGAAAAAGCCAGAGUUUGGCACAUUUUUAUACUUUACUGGUGUUGAUACGUCCAGCUCGGCCUCUAUAGCUGCCCAGUUACAGGGCUUGGCCACGUUGAUGACAUCCAAGGCACAGUACUGGUUUGGUGAAAAGAAGCACUUUAAGGUGCCUGAAUUGACUUAUUGCACGUAUAAUGCCUUUUCUAAGGUGGACAUGAGAGUUACUGUUCACAUUCCAGGUAAGUUCCAGAGUGCAGUUGUCAGCCAUGAGGGUAAGCUUAUCCAUGAAAAACUUAGCGAGGAAGAGUUGGAGAAGAUGUGGCUCGAGACCUUCGUUUGUUCCAUUGUCAGAUGCAUGCUUGACGGUGAUGAAGAUGAUCCUAACAGAUACGGUACCUUGGUGGAAAUCCGUAGAGAGAACCCAUUCGACCUUGGAGUCGUGUCACAAGAGCUUUUGGCUAACUUUGUGGCUGCUUUCGAAAAGUUGUUUUGGGAUGGUCCUAAGUUGGGCUGUGGUGUUGACUUGCCUCAGCCAACAUUGAUCUCGAACUACCUUGUUGACGGUUUCCUCAAGUGUAUCGAAUUGACUCAGAGCUUUGAUAUGGCUUUGGAUGUCUUGAAGAGAUUAGAGGAGAAGGAGCCUGCCGUGUCGACUUUGAUCGCCCAGGUUUUGCUUCUAAAAGAUGAAGAAGUCAAGGCUAUCCAGGUCAUGAACGAUGCCAUUCAAAGAGACGAGCGUGACUCGGAGUUGCUCUUGUUACAGGCACAGUUCCUCAUGGAUAAGAAGAGAUAUGACUUGGCCUUGCACUUGGCUAGACAAGCAGUUAAGUCAUCGCCUUCUGACUUCAAGGUUUGGGCUGUUCUCGUCAGAGUCUACACCAAGCUCAACGACUUUGAGAAUGCGCUCUUGACCUUGAAUUCUUGUCCAAUGAACUCGCACAAGGAUGUCUUCUCUUUGAAGAGAAUCGUGGCCUUGAGGGGAGCUGGCGAGGAAUUGCACUUGCCAUCCCCUGUUGAUGUGUUCUUGGACGAGGUAUCCAACUUGCAGAGCACUUCCAUUGCUUCAGAACAGAGAAAUCUCGACAGCCUGCUUACGCAUUUGCCAGCCGCUACCUUGAAAUCCACAUUCGCUAAGGCGUACGAUCUUCUCACUGAGAUUGUCAUCAAGACCGGCUGGGAAGCCUUGUUGAAACACCGUGCUAAGGUUUUCGUCAUGGAAGAAGAGUACCGUAAGGAUAGAAGCAGUGCAGCUCACACUAGAACUACUUCCGAAGUCAAUGUCCCCCAGGUCGAAGAUGAAGAGGCUACCGCUAAUGAUGAUUCGUCGACCGUGGCUGUCAAGCUGCCUAAAAAAGAAGUCAAUGGCUCCGCUGAUAACGAUGGUUUGGUUGAGAAUGAGUUCAGAAAAAAGAGGCUUUGUGAAAGAUGGCUAGAUAACUUGUUCAUGCUUUUGUACGAGGACUUGAGAGUUUACACCAUGUGGCAAGCUGAAUACGUCCAUUUCCAGGCCCAGCAGAUGGAGUACAAGAAGACGACAUUGGAGUGGGAGAUCUUGGGUCUGAUUGCUUUCAGACUCAAACAUUUCAAGGAAGGUUCAAUUGCUUUCUCUAAUGCUUUGGCGGGACGUUUCUCUCCAAAGGCACAAAGAGAAAUCUUGAAAUACUACGAGAUGGAGAGAAGCAAAAUCAUUUCUAAGAAUUCCAACUCGGACUCGCCAGCAUCCAAUGCGCACAACUACUCGAAAACCAUUAACCAGCUCAACGAAAAGAUUUUAGAAUGCUGCAUCAAGCUCUUGGUUUGGAACCACAGAUGGUACAAUGAUUUCUCGCCAGAUUUGAUCUCGAUAAUAUCCGACUUGAUUGCCAAAGAGGGUUUGAUCAAGAUUCAGUCUCUCGUGCAAGCCGUGUACUCCAACAACAUCAACCAUGGUGACGGGUUGGCGAACAACGGUAUCACCGAUAUGAUGGAUGAUAUCUUCAAGUUCUGCAAGGAGCACAAUGUCAAUGGAGCUGACAAUUGA